AUGGCACCCGCCACCUUCGAGUUAGGGUUUCCCUUGCGCGACUCCUUGCAGGACCCACAGAUUCAGUUCUUGAUGCACACGCUGCAAGAUGUCCGCAGACAGCUGGCUUGUGAGCAGAAGCUGUGCGCUGGCCUGAAAGAGGAGUUGGCCACAGCGCGACUUCAUCUAACAUGGGUGAAGCACCUGAGAGUGGGCGACCUGAAUCAGCAGGCGCUGUUGAAGGAGGACCUUGCACGCGCAACAGAGGCUGUGGACGCGCGGGAUCAGAGUUCGCCUACGUGCAAGCAGAUACGCAAUGACGUGGACACCAACGACGAGUCUCUUGAGCAGCUACGCGGCCCAUCUGGGCAGGUGAUGACCCGUCCCGCUCAGUUUCAAUUUGAAGAACUACCGCAAGAGCUACUCCCAGUCCUCUUUGGGAUGUUUCAAGUGGCAGACAUGCAAUCUGUGCGCCAGCUUUGUUGCAGAACCUCGCGCCGUGAGGAUUGGGAAGCUUAUUUGCUCCAGGAUGAAAUGGACAGGCAAGCCGUUGUUCGUGGACUUUUUGCUUUGGCAUUUCCUUUGCGAUUUCCAAGCCUCGCCGAUGAGAUGACAUCCGCUUGCUCUCGUCUGUCUUGGCUGAUUGCCAAAGCCAAUAUCUUUGUUGUUCGCAAUCCUGCUUUGGUGCUUGGGCUGGUCCAAAGUUUGCUGAGCCAAGCGCUUGGAGGAGAAGCUUUGGACCAGAAAGCGGCUCUGUACGUUCUGGCUCGCUUGGCCAGGCAAUGCGACGGUUUGACGUCUGCUGUUGCAGAGGGCCUGAUUGAGUUCUUGGAUAUCGGCAUGCGAGAUGCGGAAAGCCAGGUGAUGUUGAUGGCAGUAGUUGACGCAUGCUGGAAACAGCUUGGCGAGCUGGACGCGAGGUGGUUUGACAAGUUUGCCAGCUAUGCCACACAGGCACCGCGGCCGAUCCGAUUGGCAAUUUUCCGCAAGCUGCGUGCAAAGGCGCAGGCAGCAGAGCCAAGAAGAUACAGGACAGCAGUUCCUGCUCUCCAAGAAGUUCAAGACGUUGAGGCGCAAGAGCUAUUGUCCCUUCUCCAGACCGAAAGACCCCUUUUGUAA